AUGGCGCAAGCGACGCAGUCAAUAAAAUGUGUGGUGACGGGGGAUGGUGCUGUGGGAAAGACUUGUUUGCUCAUAUCCUAUACCACGAAUGCCUUCCCGGGCGAAUAUAUCCCUACUGUCUUUGACAACUACUCAGCUAGUGUCAUGGUGGAUGGGAAACCCGUCUCUCUGGGAUUGUGGGAUACUGCUGGUCAGGAAGACUACGAUAGAUUGCGGCCCCUUUCAUACCCGCAGACGGACGUCUUUUUGAUAUGCUUUUCCAUUGUAUCUCCUCCCAGUUUCGACAAUGUCAAGGCGAAAUGGUACCCUGAAAUCGAGCAUCACGCCCCCGGUGUGCCCAUCAUCCUCGUCGGAACCAAACUGGAUUUGAGGGACGAUAAAGCCACGGCCGAUAGUCUGAGGGCGAAAAAAAUGGAACCUGUAUCAUACGAGCAGGCACUUGCUGUGGCCAAAGAAAUUAAAGCGGUCAAAUAUCUGGAGUGCUCCGCAUUGACACAACGAAAUCUCAAAAGCGUGUUUGACGAAGCGAUCAGAGCCGUACUUAACCCUCGACCAACCACUACGAAGAAGAAAUCGAGGUGCAGCAUUCUUUAG